UGUGUUUAUGUAAGUGUACAAAGUGAGAGGACAAGAAAGAGGGACGGGUGGUAUUUGUUGGAAAAAUGGUUGAUCUAGCCAGGCAGGCGUUUAACUCUAAAAAUUAUGAAUUAGCCACUGAAAUUUAUGAACGAUCUAUAUCAGAAUAUGGACCUAAACCGGAAUUACUCCUUGGAUUAGCAGACAGUUUCGCACGUGCUGGUCAUUUUGAGAAGGCCUUUACUGCCUAUUCAAAGGCUUGUCGUGUUGGAAGUGUUUCUCAUAAAGAUUUAAAACACUUGGUUUCGUCUUUAGUGAACUCUGUAAAACAAGACAAGCAGGUAGACACAGAUAUGAACAGGAAUGUGACAUUCGAAUGCUUGAUAUGCCGAAAUAUGAUUUAUGAUCCUGUGACUAUACCAUGUGGUCAUACGUUUUGUAGAUCAUGUUUAAGGAAAGACUUAACUAAACAAUGUAAAAAUUGUGGAACUAUAAACCAUAAUUUGAAUGUUUCGAGGAUCAAAUCUAACAUUCUUUUAUCACAAAUCAUAGAACAUUGGUUUCCUGAUCACUGCAAAGCAGUGAAAAUCAAGAAAGACGCAAAUGACGCUUUUCAAUCAUGUAAAUUUAAAGAUGCAAUAAAACUUUAUUCAAAUGCUAUUGAAAUGGCCCCAACAGAUCAUAUUCUAUGGAGUAACCGUUCACAUGCUCUCUGUAGACUGGAUCGCUAUCAGGAAGCUCUGGGUGAUGCUGAACAUGUUUUACAGUUGAGACCAGACUGGCCAAAAGGCUAUUUCCGACGGGGUUGUGCAUUAUUUGGUUUGGGAAGUUAUGAGGAAUCUGUGGUAGCCCUUCUGCAGUGCCUGGCCUUGGAUUCAUCAGUAGACACAGCUAAAGAUUAUCUGGCAAAGGCUCUGCAUAACAUAAUUGUACCACUCUCUCCUGAUGAUCCGAAGACUGCAGAAUUGCAGCGAGAAUUAAAUCCCUCUUUGCUUGAUCAGCUAAUCCGCUCCAACUUUGACACAUCUUUACUUCUACCUAGUGUGACUGUAGACACUGUUCGACAGUUGAAGGAAAUCAUCACAGACACUGUUGCCACAGCAACCAAUUUCCUCGAAGGCAGGAACAGAACAAACACUAAUGAUCAGAACUCAGGAUUAAUAUAUUCAAGGACUGAAGCAUCAACUUCUCAGCAACCUGAAGGAAAAUGUUUAUCAGCACCAAGUUCUCGUGCAAACACACCUGUCUACUCCCCAAAGAGAACUUACUCAGAAGCUUCAAACAUGUGUUACCUCAGCCAGAUGGAUAAUGAAACAAGUAAUGAGCCUGUUGAUAUGGUUACCAAUGCCAACCAAUCAAACAAUGAUAAUAAAGAUGCACCGAGAGCCAUCAAUUUGCCAAGUAUUGAUCCAAGUGUGGUAAAUAAGGAAGACUUUGAGUGCAGUCUAUGUUACCGAUUGUUACACCUGCCUGUGACCACACCCUGUGGUCACAUUUUCUGCCGUCCAUGUCUCGACAAGGUGCUAGAUCAUAAAACAGAAUGCCCACUAUGCAAGAGCUGUCUGGCAGAGUAUCUGGCUGAAAGAAGACAAGCUGUGACAACUGCUGUUGAGAAUCUGCUAGAAGCCUACUUACCUGCAGAAACCAGAUUGAGAAAACAACAACAUGAGGAGGAACUGAAUGAAAUAGCAGGGUUAGGAUUUGAGAACCAGCGUGAAAUCCCUGUAUUUGUGUGUACUCUGGGAUAUCCAUAUGUACCUUGUCCUCUGCACAUAUUUGAGCCACGUUACCGACUUAUGGUACGACAGUGUAUGGAAACAGGUAGUCGUCAGUUUGGCAUGUGUACAGCUACAGGGGAUGGAGAGGAGGAUUUCUCAGAGUAUGGAUGUAUGCUUGAGAUUAGAGAUGUGCAGUUUUUCCCUGAUGGCAGAUCUCUCGUAGAUACUGUAGGUGGGAAGAGGUUUAAGGUGUUGAGUAGAGGCCAAAGGGAAGGGUACAGUACAGCCAAGGUGGAGUUUUUACAAGAUCAACCUGCAGAUAACAUAGAAGAAUUAAAAUCAUUGUCAGAUGAUUUGUACGGAGUAUGCAAGAGCUGGUAUGAAAGUUUACCUCAAACUCAACAAACUCAGAUCCGCCAGCACCUUGGAGAUUUUCCUAGCCCAGAGGCUGACAACAACUACGGGCAGAAUGGAACUGCCUGGCACUGGUGGAUGAUAGCAGUUCUACCUUUAGAUCCUAGGAUUCAGGUUGCAAUGCUUGCUAUGCAAUCGUAUAAAGAGCGACUUCUCGGGCUGAAGAAAGUGUUAGGAUUUUUGAAACAUAAACGUGACAGUAAAUGACUAGUCAUUGUACUGUCGAUAAUAAUUAUUUUCAUAAAUGUUCUAUUCAGAUAUGCCCUGGGUUAAACUUGACAUAGUGGCAGUAUAUACAUCUGAUAAAUAUAUAUUCAGAAACUGACAGUAAUUUGCAAAUGAAUGAAACAUUGUUUUAUUAACACUUAGCCUGCUGGCGGCAGAUGGUUAUGCCUUUGUGACCAGUGCAGACCAAGAUCAGCCUGCACAUCUGUGCAGUCUGAUCAUGGUCUGCACUGUUCGCUAUACAGUCAGUAAAUUUUCAGUGAAAACCCCUUUGAAUAAUAAGUGGUACUGUCCAAAUUAAAAGAUGGUCCAGUCCAUUAUAGAAAUAUAGCAGGGUAAGGGUUAGAAGAAUCAGUGCGUCUUAGUGAUAAGAGAGACAUGAUAUCAGAUAACAGCACCAUCUGAGCUGUCAAAAAGUUUUACAAAAACCUUAUGCAACAACAAGAACAGCAGGUACCCUGUAUAAUUCAGUCAACUGAUUAUUGUUUGAUUGACAGCUGAAGUUGUUUUUACUUUUUUGUUUAUGUUGAUACAGUAUGGAAGUGUAUUCAGUUACAUGUAUUUAUUUGAUUGUUGUAAGUUGAAGACUGAUUAUUUUCUGGUACUAUUUAGAUCCAGGGCCCACACUGGGCUGAAAAAAGUUGGAGCCACCUUUUUUCUCGGGAACGGUAGGGAGGGUGCUGGAGAGGUUUCCCUUCCUGCGGCGCGUUGAAAAUUUUUGUUACUUCCCAUAAGCAAAUGGUGAUAUUCUAGCUAUAUAGGGGGACUUUUGAAUGAAAGUGGGUAUACCUCUAAAGCAAGUUUUGUAUUUUAAAAUGUUGUUGGAUGUUUGAAGCAACCUGUCUGAAAUAUUUUUCCAUUACAGCUUCUUUUUGUUGUGGGCCUACUAUGUAAAUGCAUGGCCCGGGGGCUGUGUUUUUUGGUGCUCUGUGCUUCCGAGAAAUCUACCCUGAUACAGGAUUACAUUUCAAAUCCAUUCCUAACUUUUAAAGACAUUCAAAAAACUUGGCAAACACCUUUACUAAUUACUUACUAAGAUCACAGACACGGAUCCA